AUGGUCGCUCUAUCCUCCUCCGAAGGGAGCAGCUACUUUAUUUUCUCGGAAAUGGAAGAAUGCCAUUCUCCCUCGCAACUGGCGGGCAGGACAACGACGUCUCAGUCUGGAGCAGACCCAACGAGCGACCCAUGCUAUCAGUCUCUUGAACAUCCAGACACCGCAGCCUCUUCAGCUUCCUCGCCGCCUCGUAUGUACGGCGAACCAAUGGAUAUGUCCUGUUCCUUGACACCAUUUGGGGUAUUUCCACCCCAUCCAAUUAUAAUAAAGGAAUUCACCAGGUCAUCGGCAGAGUACGCUUGGUUACCCCAAUUUCAGAAGGACGGUUUCUUUGUAGCACCGGACGAUGGCCUGGAACGCCGGCCGGAUCUCAAGGCGGGCGACUCGUACUACGCCUCGUCUGGUUCGCCAGAAUUAGGAAAGUUCCACGAGCGCGCUGAAGUUAGCACUGCUAUUGACGCCCAGCCGUGGAGGAAUAUCGGCUACCUUUCUCAUAGCUGGAAGGAGGAAGAAAUCAUGUUAUCAUGGAAAUAUGUUACCAGCCGCCGAGGAGAGGACCCAAAUAGCGCCCGUUUAGAGAAUGCAUGCUGGAGAACAUGGACAAAAUACAAAAAUAACCUGAAGACUGUGUCUCCUGAAACGCUCAACUGGCAGAAAAAUAGUGAAGUGAGUUGGCUGUAUGGGCCCGUUCAGCAAGGUGCUAGCAAGAUCUACUGUACACACACUGGACCUUCCGGUGCCUCAUUGCUCCAGCCCAACUCACUAGUGAGGCAGAAAGACAGCCGGCGAUUAAGAGAGCUUUCCUUUGAUCGCGCAAUGCCAAUGAGCCAUGAUACCUCUAGUAUGCUGCCAUCGUCAGCAUACAGUGGGAUCUCAUCGCCAGGUGUUGAGCGUAAACACAUCCACUUCAAUUAUGAAGUCGAGCAAUGUAUCGCCGUUGAAGUUAAAUACGACGAUGACGACGACUGCGAUAUCAGUACCGAUACCAAUUCCGAAGACGGAAUCAUAAUGAAGCUGGACAGGUCGCGAAAGCCGGCGAAGGAGGGCAAUUCAGUGCUCUUUGAUAGAAAGACGAUCGCGAUGCUUCCAUCAACAACACUGAAACAUCGAGAACAUGUACAAGUCCCAGAAAUGGUCAUACUCUACACCUCUAGCGCCUUACAUAGUCAUCGUGUUUCGCCAUUCUUACCACAAGAGGCAUCUCGUCCACCUAAAGGGCCAGGUAGAUUCUCCGAGAAUUUAAUUGAUGCCGAUACAAACUCAAGCUGGUACACAUCUGGGAACAGCUUGGCUGCCGAGCCAGCUGACAUGCGUCGCACACAGUCUGGCAUGUUAAUACCGUAUGGGGAAGCGGUUGUAUGUUCAAACAAAGGGAUGUUUUGUCGCGUUAUUGACACCGUUAAAACAGUCAGGGAUAUGGCCUACGUUAUUUGGAAUAGUAGCUGGAGAUGA